GCUUUCUUGUACGUCCGUCGUAGACUAUUGUUUAGUUGUUGUGUUUGCCGAGGAUAUUGGAGGGAAAGUUUGAUUUUUGAAGUUCAAAAUCACUUUCUUUCUCUCUCUCUCUCUCUCUGUGCCAAAUUAAUUCAUUUAUUCUGAUUUCUUCGGAUAACUAGCUGUGUUACUUCUCUCUUUCCUUAUUAUCUCUCUCCUAUGUUCUUAUAGAAAAUGAGAAAUUAGUUUAGAUUCAUGCCAUAAUCAGAGAGAUCUGAUCUGAAGACUUGAGAAACCGAGAAAACACUCUUCCUGAUAGCUCAUAGUUGUGAGAUUUGUGAUUCUGGUGCAUGCAAGAGCUGAGCUGGAACAAAUCAUCAAGGAAUUGCCAGUGGGAUGAGAUAUUAAUCGAAUUCUGGAAUGUCUUGUUCCGAGAGAAGGACGGUGGAUCCACUUUUGAGAGGUUUAGAUGAGAAGAAAGAGAGUUUCCGGCGAAACGUGGUGUCUUUGGCGGCUGAGCUUAAGCAAGUGAGGGGCCGUUUGGUUUCUCAAGAACAAUCCUUUCUUAAAGAAACCAUUACUAGAAAAGAAGCAGAGAAAAGAGGGAAGAACAUGGAAUUGGAGAUGUGUAAAUUGCAGAAGAGAUUGGAAGAAAGGAAUUGUCAGCUUGAAGCUUCUGCAGCUGCUGCUGAUAAGUUUAUCAAAGAGUUGGAGGAAUUUCGAUCAAAGCUUGAUGCAACCAAGCAAACGGCAGAGGCAAGUGCUGAUUCUGCUCAGUCUACACAGAUCCAAUGCACAAUGCUAAAGAAACAACUUGACGACAAAACACGUUCUCUCAGAGAACACAAAGACCGUGUGACUCAGCUUGGUCAUCAGCUCGAUGAUCUACAAAGAGAUUUAAGCCUGAGAGAGUGCUCUGAAAAGCAACUUAGAGAAGAAGUUAUGAGAAUCGAACGUGAGGUUAGAGAGACCAUUGCAAAGGCUGGGAUAGGUGGUAUGGACUGCAAGCUCCAAACAUUUCUAGAAAAUGUCUCGCCAACGAAAUUCGAGAUGAUGAAUAGGCUAGUUGAGGUAAAAGACGAAGAGAUAACAAAACUGAAAGAUGAGAUAAGGCUAAUGUCAGGUCACUGGAAACAUAAGACUCAGGAACUCGAAUCUCAGUUGGAGAAGCAGAGAAGAACUGAUCAAGAUCUGAAGAAGAAGGUACUGAAACUAGAGUUCUGUCUACAAGAAACACGAAGCCAGACAAGAAAGCUGCAGAGGAAAGGGGAAAGAAGGGACAUGGAGAUCAAAGAGAUAAAAGAUCUGAUUUCGGAGAAACAAGAGCUUAAUAAUGAGACUUGGGAUAAACAAAACUUCUGGGACAAUUCAGGGUUCAAGAUCGUUGUAUCAAUGUCUAUGUUGAUGUUAGUGCUAGUCUCCAAGAGAUGACUUUUUUUUUUUUUUUUUUGGCAUUGUAUAAAUUUAGUUGCAGUUUGUUGAUGAAAAUCUAACUCAAAUAUUAGUAACAACGGCUUCCUUUAGACAUAA